GCGCAGAACUUGGGGAGCCGCCGCCGCCGUCGCCGCCGCCAGCUGCCACCGCCCGCCGCCGCCGCAGGACCGGCGCCUACCCCAGCCUCCGCAGCAGCGCCGCGUCCGCACCAGCCCGCGGCGAGGGCGAGCCUGGGGCCCCGCCUGCGCUCUCUCCAGUGUGCCCCGCACCCCGCAUGUGACCCGGCCAGGCCCCCACGAGUGUGCCCCCGCAGCUCCGGCUCUGGGCUGCACCCACCUACCCUAACACCGGCUCGUUAGCCCGCCCAUCCGGGAUGGCCGCGGCCAAGGCCGAGAUGCAGCUGAUGUCCCCGCUGCAGAUCAACGAUCCAUUCGGCUCCUUUCCUCACUCACCCACUAUGGACAACUACCCUAAACUGGAGGAGAUGAUGCUGCUGAGCAACGGGGCGCCCCAGUUCCUUGGUGCCGCCGGAGCCCCUGAGGGUAGCGGCGGUAACAGCAGCAGCAGCAGCGGGGGCGGUGGAGGUGGAGGGAGCGGCGGCAACAGCAGCACCAGCGCUUUCAACCCUCAGGGGGAGGCCGGCGAGCAGCCCUAUGAGCACCUGACCGCAGAGUCUUUUCCUGACAUCACUCUGAAUAAUGAGAAGGUGCUGGUGGAGACAAGUUACCCCAACCAAACCAUCCGGCUGCCCCCCAUCACCUACACUGGCCGCUUCUCACUUGAGCCUGCACCCAACAGUGGCAAUACCCUGUGGCCUGAGCCCCUCUUCAGCCUGGUCAGUGGCCUCGUGAGCAUGACCAACCCACCGGCCACCUCAUCUUCGGCACCCUCUCCAGCGGCCUCCUCCUCCUCUUCUUCCUCCUCUGCUUCCCAGAGCCCGCCCCUGAGUUGUGCAGUACAGUCCAGCGACAGCAGUCCCAUAUACUCUGCAGCGCCCACCUUCCCCACACCCAACACUGACAUCUUCCCGGAGCCACAAAGCCAGGCCUUUCCUGGUUCAGCUGGCACCUCGCUCCAGUACCCGCCUCCUGCCUACCCUGCUGCCAAGGGUGGCUUCCAGGUUCCUAUGAUCCCUGACUACCUGUUUCCACAGCAGCAGGGUGACCUGGGCUUAGGCACCACAGACCAGAAACCCUUCCAGGGUUUGGAAAACCGUACCCAGCAGCCCUCGCUCACUCCACUCUCCACCAUCAAGGCCUUUGCCACACAGUCGGGCUCCCAGGACUUGAAGGCCCUCAACACUACCUAUCAGUCCCAGCUUAUCAAACCCAGCCGCAUGCGCAAGUACCCCAACCGGCCCAGCAAGACGCCUCCCCAUGAGCGCCCCUACGCCUGCCCUGUGGAGUCCUGCGACCGCCGCUUCUCCCGCUCUGAUGAGCUUACCCGCCACAUCCGCAUCCACACAGGCCAGAAACCCUUCCAGUGUCGCAUCUGCAUGCGCAACUUCAGCCGCAGUGACCACCUUACCACCCACAUCCGAACCCACACGGGCGAGAAGCCCUUCGCCUGCGACAUCUGUGGGAGAAAGUUUGCCAGGAGCGACGAACGCAAAAGGCAUACCAAGAUCCACUUGCGGCAGAAGGACAAGAAAGCAGACAAAAGUGUUGUGGCCUCUUCAGCCACUUCUUCCCUCUCUUCCUACUCAUCCCCAGUUGCUACCUCUUACCCAUCCCCAGUUACUACCUCUUACCCAUCGCCUGUGCCCACCUCCUACUCCUCUCCUGGCUCCUCAACUUACCCAUCCCCUGUCCAUAGUGGCUUCCCCUCACCUUCAGUGGCCACCACGUAUUCCUCGGUUCCCCCUGCUUUCCCUGCCCAAGUCAGCAGCUUCCCUUCCUCAGCGGUCACCAACUCAUUCACCGCCUCCACAGGCCUUUCGGACAUGACAGCAACAUUUUCUCCCAGGACAAUUGAAAUUUGCUAAAGGGAAAAGGAAACAAAAAAGGAAAAGGGGGAGAAAAAGAAACAUAUGCGAUUACAGGACAGGAGAAGGAGAUGGCCACAGGAGAGGGGUGCUUUUAGGUCAGAUGGAGGUUCUCAGAGCCUAGUGCUUCCCUCCUCCUUCUUGACCCCAAAGUCAGUGUGGAAGGUCUGUUGACCAACAAUCCUUUCUACCCACUUCCCCCUUCCUCCCCACUUCCUCCUCUCUUUGACUUCAGCUGCCUGAAACAGCCAUGUUCAAGUUCUUCACCUCUAUCCAAAGAACUUGAUUUGCAUGGAUUUUGGAUAUAUCAUUUCAGUAUCAUUUCCAUCGUAUGCCUGACCCCCUUGCUCCCUUCAAUGCUAGAAAACUGAGUUGGCAAAGUGGGGUUUGGGCCCCUCAGAGCCCACCUCUGCACCUUAUACAGUGUCUGUGCCAUGGAUUUUGUUUUUCUUGGGGUAUUCUUGAUGUGAAGAUAAUUUGCAUAUUCUAUUGUAUUAUUUGGAGUCAAAUCCUCACUAUGGAAAAACAGAAAAAAAAAAAAAAAAAAAAAAGAAAAGCCAAGCGAACAAAUGGUGAUCCUCUAUUUUGUGAUGAUGCUGUGACAAUGAGUUUGAAGCUUUUUUUGAAACAGCAGUCCUAGAUGUUACUCAGAGCAUGUAUCAGAGUGAUGUUCCGUUAACCAUUUUGUAAAUAUUGCCCGACCGUACUCUCACAUGUGGCAAAAUAUGGUUUGGUUUUUCUUUUUUCUUUUCUUUUUGUUUUUUUGAAAGUGGUUUUAUUUUGUCGUCCUUUUGAUUUUAAAAAAGUUUCACGUCUUGGUGCCUUUUGUGUGAUGCGCCUUGCUGACAGCUUGACAUGUGCAAUUAUGAGGGAUGUGCUCACCUCUAGCCUUAAGGGGGGCAGGGAGUGAUGAUUCGGGGGAGGCUUUGGGAGCAAAACAAGGAAGAGGGCUGAGCUGAGCUUCGGUUCUCCAGAAUGUAAGAAAAAAAAAUCUACAACAAAAUCUGAACUCUCAAAAGUCUAUUUUUUUAACUGAAAAUGUAAAUUUAUAAAUAUAUUCAGGAGUUGGAAUGUUGUAGUUACCUACUGAGUAGGCGGCGAUUUUUGUAUGUUAUGAACAUGCGGUUCAUUAUUUUGUGGUUUUCUUUUACUUUGUACAUGUGUUUGCUUAAACAAAGUGAUUGUUUGGCUUAUAAACACAUUGAAUGCGCUUUAUUGCCCAUAGGAUAUGUGAUGUAUAUCCUUCAGAAAAAUUAAAGAGAAAAUAAAGUAGCUGUUAUUGGG